UGCCAGUGUUACCAAACAAACUUGAUUGGGCUCAGGCUCACUGCGCUGCUGGAGGACACAGCCAUGGGCUUGGAAAGGCUGUGCAGUCCGGACGGUUUGGAUUCUCUAUGGGACUGGAACCUGACAUGGCACACAGAAGAGCCAGAGCUGACCCAGUGCUUCCAGAACACCGUCCUGGCAUGGCUGCCCUGCCUGUACCUCUGGGUGUGCGCUCCCUUCUACCUCUUCUAUCUCUACAGACACAACAAUGGCUACAUCUGCAUGAAUCAUUUUAAUAAAGCCAAAACUGCUGUGUCUCUUAUCCUGUGGAUUGUCUGCUGGGCAGAUGUAUUUUAUUCUUUCUGGGAAAGAAGUCAUGGGCUGGUCCCUGCACCGGUGCACUUCCUCAGCCCCACGGUGCUGGGCAUCAGCAUGCUGCUGAGCGGCCUGCUGGUGCAGUAUGAGCGUAUGAAGGGGGUGCAGUCAUCUGGAGUGCUGCUCGUCUUCUGGCUGUUGGCUUUGCUCUGUGCCACCGUGUCCUUCAGGUCCAGGGUCCUGCAAGCUCUGGAGCAGCCCUCUCUAGUGUCUGUUUGGAGGUACACCACCUUCUUCAUCUACUACAUUCUUCUGCUGGUUGCCUUGGUGUUGUCCUGCCUCUCUGACCAGCCUCCACUCUUCUCCCAGGCUGUGAAAGACACUGAUCCCUGUCCUGAACCCGGAGCCUCCUUCCUCUCCAGAAUCACUUUCUGGUGGAUCAGCAGAAUGAUGGUGACUGGGUACAAACGCCCCCUGGUGGAGAGCGACUUAUGGUCUCUGAACCCGGAUAACCGCUCCCAUUGCGUGGUUCCAGGGCUGGUGCAGCACUGGAGCAGGCAGCGGCAGAAGGUCCAAAGACUGUCAUCUAGUUCGCGGGUGGAUCUGCAGACCAAGUAUAUGUAUUCGCCAAAGAAAGCUCCACAGAAUGAGGUGAAGGGGGCCAGUGCUGCAGAUGAGUCUGAGAUCCUGAUUGUGAGACCGCCUCCACAGACCAAGGAACCAUCCCUGCUCUGGGCUCUGUGCCUCUCAUUUGGGCCGUACUUCCUCAUUUCUUGCUUCUACAAGAUCCUCCACGACGUACUCAUGUUUGUGGGCCCGGAGAUCCUGCGGCUCCUGAUCAGCUUCGUCAACAACUCAAACAGCCCGUCAUGGCACGGCUUCUUCUAUACCGGGCUUCUAUUUGUGUGCACCUGUGUCCAGUCUCUGGUGUUGCAGCAGUACUUUCAUGUGUGCCUUGUGUCGGGCAUGAGGGUGCGCACUGCCAUCAUUGGGGCCGUCUACAGGAAGGCCCUGGUGAUCACGAAUGCCGCGCGCCGCUCCUCCACAGUGGGAGAGAUGGUGAACCUGAUGUCUGUGGACGCCCAGCGCAUUAUGGACCUCAUCACCUACAUCAACAUGCUCUGGUCUGCUCCGCUCCAGGUGGUCCUGGCUCUGUACUUCCUCUGGCAGACCCUGGGUCCCUCAGUGCUGGCUGGUGUGGCUGUCAUGGUACUUAUGGUUCCUGUCAAUGCCUUCAUUGCCAUGAAGACCAAAGCCUACCAGGUGGCUCAGAUGAAGAGCAAAGACAGCCGCAUCAAGCUAAUGAACGAGAUGCUGAAUGGCAUCAAGGUGCUGAAGCUGUACGCCUGGGAGCUGGCAUUCCAGGACAAAGUGUCUGAGAUCCGACAGAGUGAGCUCAAGGUGCUCAAGAAGACUGCCUACCUGGGAGCCAUGUCCACCUUCACCUGGGUGUGCGCGCCCUUCCUGGUAGCGCUGUCCACAUUCUGUGUGUACGUUUUGAGCGACGAGCGGAAUGUCCUGGAUGCUCAGAAGGCCUUUGUGUCCCUGGCUCUGUUCAACAUCCUCCGGUUCCCCCUCAACAUGCUGCCUAUGGUCAUCAGCAGCAUCGUCCAGGCCAGUGUGUCCCUAAAGCGUCUCCGUACCUUUCUGUCUCACGAAGAACUGCAGGAGGACAGUGUGGACCACUCUGCAGCGCUCAACUCUCCACACAGCAUCUCCAUCACUGAUGGAGUCUUCAGCUGGUCCAGGACCGAGCAACCCACUCUGAAAAAUCUCAAUGUGCAGGUUCCUGAGGGCGCUCUGGUGGCUGUGGUGGGACUGGUGGGCUCAGGGAAGUCCUCGCUGCUCUCCGCUCUACUCGGAGAGAUGGACAAGAUGGAGGGGACUGUUUCUGUCAAGGGCUCGGUGGCCUAUGUUCCACAGCAGGCCUGGAUCCAGAACUCCACCUUAAAGGAGAACAUCGUGUUUGGGCAGGAGCUGAGCGAGCUCUGGUACCAGCAGGUGGUGGAGGCGUGUGCUCUGAAGCCCGACCUGGAGAUCCUGCCUGCGGGGGAUGGCACGGAGAUUGGAGAGAAGGGGGUGAACCUGUCAGGGGGUCAGAAACAGAGGGUCAGCCUGGCCCGGGCCAUCUACUGUGACCGCUCAAUCUACCUGCUGGAUGACCCUUUGUCCGCAGUGGACGCUCACGUUGGUAGGCACAUCUUCGAGCGGGUCAUCGGCCCACAGGGUUUGCUCAAAGACAAGACCCGCGUGCUGGUGACCCAUGGCCUGAGCUACCUGCCUCAUGCAGACCUGAUCCUGGUGAUGGGGGAGGGACAGGUCACAGAGAGGGGCUCCUACCAGCAGCUGCUCACCACCAAUGGAGCCUUUGCCGAGUUCCUGCGCACAUAUGCCUCUGUGGAGAGCAGCGACGAGCAGAAGGCUCCCACAGCUAAAGACAACAGCGGCUCACCUGCGACUGGUGAGGUCAGUCCUCUGUCGCAGAAGGAGGCAGAUAAAGGGGCUGAGCGAGCGGUGAAGAGUGGAGCGGGCAAACUGACUGAGGCGGAUAAGGCCAGCACUGGACAGGUGAAACUCUCUGUGUUCCUGGCCUAUGCCAAAGCCAUUGGAAUACCCCUGACCAUGGUCAGCCUUCUGCUCUUCUUCACACACCACUUCCUCUCCCUCUUCUCUAACUACUGGCUCAGCCUGUGGACUGAUGACCCUGUGGUGAAUGGCACUCAGCCCAACAGGCUCAUGAGGCUGGGGGUGUAUGGGGCACUGGGUCUGUCUCAGGGAGUGGCGGUUUUUGGGUACUCCCUGUCCAUGUCCAUAGGCGGCAUCCUGGCGUCCCGCUGGCUGCACCAGUCUAUGCUGUCGGAUGUGCUGCGCUCUCCCAUAUCCUUCUUUGAGCGCACGCCCAGCGGGAACCUGGUCAACCGCUUCUCCAAGGAGAUUGACACAAUCGACACGGUCAUCCCCAGCAUCCUCAAAAUGUUCACAGGCUCACUGUUCAAUGUACUGGGUGCCUGCGUAGUCAUUCUGGCAGCCACGCCCCUGGUGGCCAUCAUCAUCCCUUUCCUGGGAGUGCUCUAUUUCUUUGUGCAGCGCUUCUACGUGGCCUCGUCUCGACAGCUGAAGCGACUAGAGUCUGUGAGCCGCUCGCCCAUUUACACCCACUUUAAUGAGACGCUGCUGGGGGCCUCGGUCAUUAGGGCCUUUGGAGAGCAGAAGCGCUUCAGCCAAGAGAGUGACCUGCGGGUGGACCACAACCAGAAGGCCUACUUCCCCAGCAUAGUUGCCAACAGGUGGCUGGCCGUUCGACUGGAGUUUGUGGGGAACUGUAUUGUGUCGUGUGCAGCCCUGUUCGCUGUGAUUGCCCGAGAAAGCCUCAGUCCUGGGAUCAUGGGCCUGUCCAUCACCUACGCCCUACAGCUGACAGCCUCUCUGACCUGGUUGGUGCGGAUGUCCUCAGACUUGGAGACCAACAUUGUGGCUGUGGAGCGUGUGAGAGAGUACAGCGAUACGGACAAAGAGGCCGAGUGGACCCUGCAGUCCCCGGGGCCCCAGCCUGACUCCUGGCCCUCCAUAGGCUGCAUCGACAUCAGGAACUUUGGGCUGCGCUACCGCCAUGACCUUGACAUGGCUCUGCACAACAUCACCCUGAGCAUUAGAGGAGGAGAGAAGGUGGGGAUCGUGGGCAGGACUGGAGCAGGGAAGUCCUCCCUGACCAUGGGGCUUUUCCGCAUCAUCGAGGCCUCAGAGGGGCAGAUCCUCAUCGAUGGAGUGGACAUCUCACAGCUGGGCUUGCACCAGCUCCGCUCCCGGAUCACCAUCAUCCCACAGGACCCGGUGCUGUUUUCGGGCUCUCUCCGCAUGAAUCUUGACCCCUUCGGCAGCUACACUGAUGAGGAGGUGUGGAGAGCUCUGGACUUCUCUCACCUCAAGACCUUCGUUUCGGGGCUCACGGGCAAACUGAACUAUGAAUGUAGUGAAGGAGGGGAGAACCUCAGUGUGGGUCAGAGACAGCUCCUGUGCCUGGCUCGUGCUCUGCUCAGAAAGACCAAGAUCCUGGUGCUGGACGAGGCCACGGCAGCUGUAGAUAUGGAAACUGAUAAUCUGAUCCAGUCCACCAUCCGCUCCCAGUUUGAGGAGUGCACUGUGCUGACCAUCGCACACCGCCUCAACACCAUCAUGGACUACACCAGGGUCCUCGUUCUGGAUAGGGGUGAGAUGGCAGAGUUUGACAGUCCAAACAACCUGAUCGCUCAGAGAGGACUCUUCUACAACAUGGCCAAAGAUUCUGGGCUGCUCUGACAGCCCCAAAAACCAAGCCGCAGUGUGAAGCUCUGUUACAAAGAAAAGCUAUUUAUAUUUAUGUACUUGUAAGAUUGUUGUGUUGAUGAGUGAAAAUAUUAUAAUGAAAAAAGAGAUGACAAAGACUACUAUGCCCAAAUCUGUACUCUCUCAAGAGAUCAUGGCUGGGUCUCAUUUACUUCUCUAUAUCAGCUUAAUCCAGGUCAGUGUUGUUCCAAAAAUACUAUUGGGUCAUAGUGGAUGUGCCUUCAAGACGUGACCUGUCUCCGUCCACACCUUUCUUUGGAAGGCACCAUAUUUGAGUGUUUAAGUGUUAUAUUGGCCCAAUAGUGUCAAAAUAUGGUUGAUUUGGGAUUUAGUUUUUCCAUUAUUUGUUGUAUGCCUAUUGUUUAAAAUAAUAAAUUGUAAAAUGUUCUUGCAAAAUCAAAAUUGUUAAGGUGUUUAUAUUUUAAACCAGGUCUAUUCUCCAAGGACGUGUACAGGGAGAAUUCCUUGGUUUGUUGGUCAGUUGUUGCUUUUAUCAGCUCUGCAUUUCAGUGUCAAAAAAAAAGCAGUGCACAAUGACAGUCUUUUGCACUCCAAGGUCCUUUUUGUACAGAGGGAAUAGCCAGUAACUUAUAAUGAAUGUAUACAAUAUGAUCUAAUGUACGUUUUCAGGUUUGUACUUUGUAAAUUAAAUUUCUUUUUAAUAAAAUAUAAAAUGCC